UAUUUAUGUGAAUGUGUGAAGAAAGAAGGGAUCAUAACUUGUUGUCAGAGCGUGUUAUGGUGAGAAUGGGAGAGAGUCCAAAGAGUCCAGAGGCUAAGCUGGGGUUGCGAGUAGAGGAUCUAUGGGAUGUUCAAGAGCCACAGCUGAGUCCUGAUGAGAAACUCAAUGCUUGCUUUGAGAGCAUCCCUGUCUCUGCCUUCCCUUCACCCCCUUCAAAUCAAGAAGUUGAGAUAAAAUCAGAUGCCACCCUAGCCGAGGCAGUAAAAAUACUUGCACAACAUAACAUCCUUAGUGCACCUGUGGUGGAUGUAGAUGCACCCGAAGAUGCUAGUUGGAUUGACAGAUAUAUAGGAAUAGUUGAGUUUGCUGGAAUUGUUGUAUGGAUUCUGCAUCAGUCUGAACCGACAUCUCCCAGGAGUCCAUCCAGUGGAGCUGCAGUUAAUGGAAUAACUUCUACUCAAGAACAUGAAGCAUUAGGCCUUGAAUCUGCGGCGAAAACUUCAGGAAAUUUCUUUGAGGAUCUGACUUCUUCUCAACUUUAUAAGAAUACAAAGGUUCGUGACAUUUCAGGGUCAUUCCGUUGGGCUCCAUUUCUUGCUUUGGAGAGAUCAAACUCAUUUUUGACCAUGCUUUUGCUGCUUUCCAAGUACAAGAUGAAGAGUGUUCCUGUGGUGGACUUAGGUGCAGGUCGAAUUGACAACAUUAUUACGCAGUCUGCUGUAAUUCACAUGUUGGCAGAAUGUGCUGGUCUUCACUGGUUUGAGAGUUGGGGAACCAAGAAACUGUCUGAUGUUGGUCUUCCCAUGGUGACACCAAAUCAUAUCAUCAAGGUUUAUGAAGAUGAACCAGUGCUUCAAGCAUUUAAACUGAUGAGGAAAAAGAGAAUUGGAGGGUUGCCAGUGAUGGAAAGGGGUGGCAGCAGGGCAAUUGGUAACAUAAGUCUGCAAGAUGUUCAAUUCCUCCUAACUGCUCCUGAAAUCUACCAUGAUCAUAGAUCUAUUACAGCAAAAGACUUUCUGAUAGCCGUCAGAAGCUACUUAGAAAAGCAUGAAGGGGUCUCUCCUAUGUCAGGUGACCUGAUUACAUGCAACAAGGAUUGCACGAUCAAAGAACUGAUUCAACUGCUUGACCAUGAGAAGAUUCAUCGAGUCUACGUUGCUGACAAUGAUGGGAAUCUUGAAGGGCUGAUCACACUCAGAGAUAUCAUCUCAAGGCUAGUACACGAGCCCCGUGGCUAUUUUGGUGAUUUCUUUGAUGGGGUUCUCCCCAUGCCUCCAAACAGCAGGGUUUGACAUGCAUCCAGGAAGAAUAACUUCUAAUCCAUCAGUAACUAAUUGAAGUGUCUCAUUGGGGCUGAGAACAAUAUCUUGGGGGGUCUUUGUAACAUAAGCGGUUUGCACUUUUCAAGUUAGUUCUCGUUUAAACUUGGGUGAAACUGUAAAAAGUGAAAUUUUGUGUAAUUUUUGAUGUAAUAAUCGGGGAGUUUCGGUCCUUUUGAGCAAGUUGAUCCGUAAUCAAACUAUGUUUUGAGAUACUACUCAGCAAUUUAGAACCAAUAAUUCGUACCCUA